ACACAUUUCCAAGACAGUUUUAUAAAUCCUUACGAUCAAAUAAGUUGCAUCCAAAUGUUUCUAAUCUUUUGCGGCUUGCGAAAUCUCAUAAAGAAAAAUGCAAUGAUAUGAUAAAUAAACUAAUUGAACUUCAUACUCAGGCAUCAUGCGUAUUAUCGAAUCUCUCUUAUAUGUCAUAUUAAAUUCAUGAACUUUUGCAGUACAGUGGUUGCUAAAACAAAUUAUACUACCAAACAAAAGCUGAGUAAAUCUCUUAUGGAAGAUAAUGAUGGAAAUUCAUUUCAAUUUAACCCUGAUAAAUAUGUAUCACAUUUAUUAAAUGUUAGGCUUUCUGAAUUUGAGAAGGAAGCCCUAUCACUCGGAUUUAAUUUCUCCGUUGCACAUACCAAGAUUUCUGAUCUGUCGAUAGAUACUCAAUUUGAAAAUCUCUAUGAUCAGUUGAACCCUCUUGUCCCAACUACCCUAGAUAGGAAAAAUUGGUUGACGUUGCCUACCACUUUCACAGUUCUCAAAUCAGACAAAGGAGUAUUUUAACUU